AUGGUGUCAGUCAGGAAAAGAAAGAUGGCAAGGUCAUCGGUAAAGAAAAACACGAGGAGAAGAAAAGACAAGCAGAGAGACAUCAAUAUCCAUUCCAACCCCAUCAUUGCGAGGAACUGGGACAAAUCCUUGACUUUGCAGCAGAAUUAUAAACGGUUGGGACUUAGAGCCAAGUUGGGAAACAUGGCAGGUGGAUCGGAACAGAAGGUCGAGACGCUUUCGGAAUAUAGAGAGAAACAAAAAAGCAAGCCGCUGGCGCUGGUGCUGGUCUCGAUUCAAGAAAUUGAACAGACCCAGGAUCCCGCCAAGAUCCCUGCGGGUGAGGCUCGUAUCAUCAGGGAUCCCGAGACUAACGAAGUUGUUGAGGUCAUUUACGGUACCAUGAAGCAAACCGAGGGCGACGCAGAGCAAAAACCAGAGAUUAGCAGCACCAGCAGCAGCGUGGUUAAGGAGUUGGAGGAAUACGCCCAGCGUAAUACCAAAAUCAUUCGAGAGAGGCAUCUAUCUGACAGGGAAAACGCAUGGUUGCAGUCCUUGUACGAGAAAUAUGGCGAUGAUUACGAACGAAUGAAGUGGGAUAAGAAAUUGAAUAUUUAUCAACAACUGGCUGGCGAUUUGAAAAGGCGGAUAACCAAAUGGAAAAAAGCAAACAAGGUAUAG